AUGUGGCCACAGGGCGAAGAGGCCAGAGAGGCCGCUGAUAUGCUGAUGCUGGGCGGUAGUGACGCUGCUAGCUCAAGGGCGUCCCUUUACUACGGGCUGUAUACGAGUCUGCCAGCUGAUCGGUAUGUGCAAGACAAGCAAGCCUUGCAUCUGUUCCAAGUGAGACCAUCCAUGGCCGCAGAAAAGCCAGAAUCAGCCCACCCGACCGGCCGCGCAUCAACUCCAGACGCCUUCCGCUUCGGGGUGCACGUCGGCCAUAGCAGUAACGUCACCUACCUGACUGGUGAGAAGAGGCCGCAUUACGGCUUACACACAGCUGGGAGCAGUCCAAUCAGGCACCUCGCGUGUAGAGGCAUCGAGUGUGCCCCGUAUUCACCAGUAGAGCACGAAUACUGCAGGUACUCAGUACAUACUGGCCCAGUAGACGCAAACCUACAGGGUUCUAUCUGA